AUGUCAGAAAGCGCAAACCUCCACAAGGACGAUGUCACCGGUGAGAUGAUUUCAAAAACAGAGCUCAAGAGAAGAAUCAAGGUUAGAGACGCCGAAGCUAAGAAGGCAUCCAAGCCAAAGCCUGUUGUGAGCGAGAAGAAGGAGAAGCAAGAGGAGGCUGAGCUGUCACCAAAUCAAUACUACGAAAUUCGUUCCAGGGCAAUUCAAAAGCUCAGGGAAUCCAAGGACCCGGAUCCUUACCCUCACAAGUUCCACGUUGAGCUUUCUCUCGGUGGUUUCAUCAACAAGUACGAUUCCAGAGUACAAAACGGUGAAUCUGUCAAGGAGGAAGUCGUCACCGUCGCUGGUAGGUUGCACAACAUCAGAGCCAGCUCUUCAAAGCUCAUUUUCUACGACUUGCACGGCGAUGGCACUAAAAUUCAAAUCAUGGCAAACGCCGCUGAAGCUGACGGUCAAGAUUUCACCCAGGCACACGAAAUUCUUGCAAGAGGUGACAUUGUCGGCGUCAAGGGUUACGCUGCACGCACCAAAAAAGGCGAACUUUCAAUUGUCCCAAAGCAGGUACAACUGCUCACUCCAAACCUUCACCAACUCCCUAAAGAGCACUACGGUUUCAAGGACCAAGAGCAGCGCUACAGAAAGCGUUACCUCGAUCUCAUCCUCAACAGAAACGUCAGGGACGUCUUUGUCACCCGUGCAAAGAUUAUCAACUACCUCCGUAGAUUCUUAGACAACCUCGGUUUCUUGGAAGUUGAGACACCUAUGAUGAACAUGAUUGCUGGUGGUGCCACUGCCAAACCAUUCGUCACUCACCACAACGAUCUCAAAUUGGACUUGUUCAUGAGAGUCGCUCCAGAGCUCUACUUGAAGGAAUUGGUUGUUGGUGGUUUAGAUAGAGUCUAUGAAAUUGGCCGUGUUUUCAGAAAUGAGGGUAUCGACUUGACUCACAACCCUGAGUUCACCAUUGCCGAGUUCUAUAUGGCGUACGCUGACAUGUAUGAUCUCAUGGACCUCACUGAGUCACUCUACUCUGGUCUCGUCAAGCACAUUACUGGCGGUUACAAGGUCACCUACCACCCAGAUGGAAAGGGUGAAGGUAAGAAGGAGUAUGAGAUUGACUUUAGCACACCAUGGAAGAAAUUCAAUAUGGUCGAAGAAUUGGAAACUCAACUCAAGGUGAAAUUCCCAGAAGAUUUGGAGACAGAUGAGGCAAACAAGUUCCUCUCUGAUCUCUGUAUUAAGAAUAACGUUGAUUGCUCAGCACCACGCACGACUGCCAGACUUCUCGACAAGCUGGUAGGAGAGUAUAUAGAGUCACAAUGUAUCAACCCAUCGUUCAUCAUUGGUCAUCCAAAGAUCAUGUCACCACUCGCCAAACGCGACAGAAAGCACCAAUCACUUACAGAAAGAUUUGAGGUAUUUGUGGCGACAAAGGAGAUUGCCAAUGCAUACACUGAGCAAAACGAUCCAUUCAGCCAAUUGGAAUCAUUCAAGGAGCAGAUGAAUCAAAAGGCAGCUGGUGACGAUGAGGCACAAGAUGUUGAUGAGACAUUCAUAAACGCACUCGAGCACGGAUUACCACCAACAGGUGGAUGGGGAUGUGGAAUUGACAGACUCGUAAUGAUGCUUACAGACUCUGCGAAUAUUAAAGAAGUCUUACUAUUCCCAGCGAACAAGCCACUUCCGGGAACGAACGCUGCAGGAAAUGUAGAAAACGCAGAGAAUGCACCAAAAGCGACAGCGUAA